AUGUUUAACAAUUAUGUUGAGUAUUAUGUUUCAUUCAAUGUUUGUUCAUCUAGUCAUGCAAAUGUGAAUGCUUAUACUUGGCAUGCUAGAUUAUGUCACAUUGGGCAAGACAAGAUGAAUCGGAUAAUAAAAGUAGGACUAUUAGGUUCUCUUUCUAAAAUUGAUUUGUCUUAUUACGAGCAUUUUCUUGCUGAUAACGGGUUGUUGCCAAAUGAGUCAUCAAAAGCUCAAGUAGAUGAGUUGUUGUUUGAUUCCAGUGCGAGAGAUCUUGAUCAUAAUGAUUCAUCUGGUCCAAAUGGGAGCAAUCUUAAUAGGAACAAUCCUGAUCACGAUGAUUCUUAUGAUCUGAGUAAGAGCAAUCCUAAUCAUAUUGAUUCAUCUGAUCCUCAACUUCAGGAGAGUAAUAGGAAAGGUAUGCUUAAACAUCAUUAUGAGAUUGAAGGGCAUACUUAUAUCAUAUCUUCAAUUGAUGAAGUAGAGCCUAAAAACAUAGACGAGGCUCUAUCUUGUCCUUCGAGGGACAAAUGGAUAAAUACAAUGGAAGAAGAAAUGGAAUUAAUGAAAUCAAACAAUGUUUGGGAACUAGUUGAAAUUCCACAUGGUCAUAAAGCUAUUGGAAACAAAUGGGUUCUCAAUAUUAAGUGA